AUAGGCAUUACUUGCGAUGUGGUUGUUCACUUCGUGAGUAGUUAUAUUUAUAGAUACAGAUCGGUACUACCGAACAAUACCGAAGUUCGCUUGUGUACUUGAGCACUUCUGGCAUCAUUAUGUAUUAUUAAUUUAUGAAAUUGAGACCUUAUGAUACUCGCUUGUUCUAUGAGUUGUUUACAAAAUAGCGAGGGAGGCACGUUAUUGGAUAGAUCUGGCUGUCAAAUAUUUUUGUUGAUCCAAUUUUUAGCAUAUAUAUUUUUUGUCAGUGUAAAUAUCACUGUUAAAUUGAUUUGUCCAUUAUAAUGUCGAUAAAUCUUGAUAUCAGGGUGAAGAAAGCAAAUAAAGUUUACCAUGAAGGAGAGAAGAUCACGGGGGUGAUCGUCAUCGUCUCGGGCUCGGACAUUAAGCACGAGGGCAUCUCCCUCUGCAUGGAGGGCACCGUCAACCUGCAGCUCAGCGCCAAGAACGUCGGCAUAUUCGAGGCCUUCUACAACUCCGUCAAGCCCAUCCAGUUGGUGUCGUGCGUCGUGGAAGUUGCCGCGGCGGGGAAGAUCCCCGCCGGCAAGACGGAGAUCCCCUUCGAGUUCCCCCUGGUGCCCCGCCCCAACAAGACCCUGUACGAGACGUACCACGGGGUGUUCGUCAACGUGCAGUACUUGCUCAAGUGCGAGAUGAAGAGAGGCUUCCUCGCCAAGGACCUCAUCAAGGUGGCGGAGUUCAUCGUGGAGUACCGGCUGGAGGGCGCGGUGAAGGCGCUGCCCCACCCGGUGAAGUUCAGCAUCACGCCCGAGUCCCUGCAGAACCUCAAGGACCGGGCGCGCAUUCCCCGCUUCAAGGUCACGGGCCAGCUCGACUCUACCAUGUGCUGCCUGGCCCGGCCCUUCACCGGAGACCUGGUGGUGGAGCACUGCGAGCUGCCCAUCAAGUCGGUGGAGAUCCAGCUGGUGCGGGUGGAGACGUGCGGCUGUGCCGAGGGCUACGCCAAGGAUGCCACGGAGAUCCAGAACAUCCAGAUCGGGGAGGGCAGCGUGUCCACCGGCCUGGCCAUCCCCAUCCACAUGGUGUUCCCGCGCCUCUUCACCUGCCCCACCCUCUUCACCAGCAACUUCAAAGUGGAAUUUGAAGUGAACAUUGUUAUAGUAUUUCAAGAUGAUCACCUUAUCACGGAAAACUUCCCAAUUGUGCUGACUCGCUACUGAAGAGUUUGGCUGGCCGGAUGUACUCAUUCUCGUGACGAAGGGGCAAGGUGACAACAGUUUAAAGAGCCUUAUGUCGUGCAGACUGCAUGGAUGAUGAUUUUCGCCCUCUGCUUACAUGUGAACUGUUGGAGGCUGUCUCUCCGAGUAUAAGAAGAAACUCGGGACGAUGCUGUCAUCAUUAUUGUAUCUGUGCUUUCUGAAAGUAUCAUAAGAAUAUGUAGUAGUAGGUUUCAUGCAAUUCAACCAGUUCCAUAGGAGAGUCCAUACGUUGGUAAGUGACCUUGCAGACCACACAUGAACAUCACUCCUAUCGGUAUAUGUAGCAGGUUGCUUGUUCUUGGAGCCUGCUACUGAAUGGCAAAACCUCUUUUGAGUCACAUUAGUCAUUGCCAUUUUAAAUUAGCAUGCCUCUGCCCGCGAGUUAGGUACUGCUCUUCAACUGAGCGUGCAGACUUUUGAAUGUGGUUCAACCUUUCAUGUAUAACUGAGCUGACUUCAUACAAUCCAUUCUAAAGAAUGCAAGUUGUUGUGGAAAGAUGUUAUGUUGAUGUAGUAGUAAGUAUAAUAAUUUGUUCAAAUAUUUUUAAAAUAUGUUUUUUUUUAUAGUAAUUCUGAUGUGUAACAUCUUGGUUCUCGGUACACGACAUUUGGUGGGAAUAAUUUUGUGAAUGCGACGGAAAUGUGUAACAUAGAAGUAAUGCUGCGGAGAUGUAAUGGGAAGUAAUGUGAUUGAAAUGUGUAACGGGAAUAAGGGAGCAGUGGUGCUGCUGUGUAUGGCAGAUGGCUGGAAUAACAGCUUGUUUAAUGAAUUUUAACAACUUGAGCAGUACGUAUUUUAAUAAAAUUCCUUGUCAAAAUUCAGUUCCAAAGCCAGGAUUUAGUAUUUACUUUAAAAUUAUUUUCCCUUUAUCGAAGCUGUUUCAUAAUAGUUUAAAUUGCUGUCUGCUAAUAAAAUCGUUCAUAGUCGAUGUAGCUGGUUUUUACAAUUCCGGCAGCAAAUUCUAAUGGUGUAUGCAAAAAGUUUGUAUGUUUUUUUUUGCUUCCAGAAAUGUAGUUGAAAACACAUUUUGUGUAUAUUUAUCACGCUCUGCAUUAUUUAAAAAAAAUGAUAUGUUAAAUUUCAUGUCUAAGGCCUGAGUUCGUAUUACAAGUGUAUCUGCAACAUGAGAACAAUGAGUUUGCUCAUUACCGAGGUAAAAUGUUAAACAUCUCUGACGAGUACUGAAAGAUUCUCUCUGAUAUUUUUUUUUAUAUUCUUUAUAAUAAACUUUGUAUUGUCACACAAUAAAUAUUUUUACAUUGUUA